CCUUUCCACUACUUUCGACUUUUUGUAAUGACAAGCCCACCACUUAUGUCUCUCUGCACUUCAUCUCGACUCUAUUUAACGAUACAAUUCCUCUCUGCUACUGCCUAUGCAUCAUCAGUUACAUUCACGCUAUGUGCUGGUAUUCUGUUGACGCUGAGGCUGUUUGCGACAAAGAAGGGGGAAGAGAAUAUGGAAUCUGGUGGUGGGCCCAGGUUUCCGAGAUAGUAAUCGCGCAAAUCUUUGCGGCCCCAGGCAUCCCUGGUACUCAGCGCUCACAGCCGGCUGCCUUUUUGCUGCUGGUGCAGCCGCUUUUGACAGCGCUUUAUGCACAAAAUUUUUUCAUGCGCGGCUUAUCCCCGCUUCUCCUUUCUUCUCCAGUGUUUGCAGCGUUUCAUACUUAUUUACUUCGUCUUGGUAUUCCCUUUCUGUCUUCUAUGAACACUAAUAAUGGCCUAGCGGGGCUGUCUGGGCGCGGUGGACAGCAGAAGCAUGGCUCCAGCAUACCGCCGGCGCGCCCUUAUAGGCACAAGCGGGAGAGCAGCCUCAGCACCAGCGCCAGCGUCAGUAGCACGCGCACCCGUGUCCUGCCAUUUGCCACAGCAUUCACCACGCUGUAUCCACUCAAGCCUGUCGCUGCCGCCUCACCCAUAUACGCGCAGGCCACGACCAUGCAGCAGGACGCGCGCACGUCCGAGAGCACUGACGAAAGCAGUAUCGUGGUGCCGGUGUAUAUGUCGCGCACAAAGGCAUUGACGUUCCCCAACAACGACGCGACACUGCCCGAUGACGAUGAUGCGAAGAACGUGUACUUUCCGGCCAUGAAUCACUCGGGGUUUGCGCUGGCUCAGCCGCGGAGGGUGGUGACGGUGGGUGGCAUGCCUGUGGUGUCGGGCGGGUUUGGCAGGCCGACCUCAGCAAGCAAGGACCCAUAUACAAACGCGUCUGGGCUGACAAUCCCGUCAAAGACCUCGCUGCUGCCGGUUGUAGGCGGACGCAGGGCGCUUGGCGUUGGUCGGCCGGCAAUCGGCGUCGAUACCCGCCGGCUGACCAGCACCAGCUCGAUCGGCAUUGGCACACGCACCAAGCCGAUUAUUGGGCUCGGCCUAACACUGAAUCCAGAUGACAAUGUCGUGAAGCUGAACCUGAAGCGGUCUGUGUCGACCCAGCGAGGAGCCCAGGGCAGUGAUGUUGGAUCGUCAUCUGGCCGCCGCAAGUCGGUGCUGGGCAAGGCAGCAGGCCGGCGGACAGGCACCCUGCAGGUCAUGCCUCGCAUUCCGUCUGGGUCAAUCGCCAGAGCGCUGGCACCGUCUGUUGCACAGUCGCGGCCAGACAGCCCGGUCAGGGGAAUGGUAUCGGACGAGUUCACAUUCAAGAGUCCGGUGCUCGAGCCUGAGGGCUUUGCCAGCAUCCGGUCGCCAACGCUUGAUGGCGAGGGCACGGUGGAUAGUACGCCAAGUGUGCCCGACUCGGAUGAUCGCUGGAACACGACAAUGGCAGUCCAGGAGCUGCGCAAUCUUGUCGGCGAUGGCACCGGUGCCUGGCACCUCUUGGUCCCCGGGCGCGCCACCGCAGAUAGUCUCGUGCCAACUCUGCUUCGAGUCGGUGGCCGUGUCAAGCAAACGAUGCCAGGCGUGUUGCCCCCAGCUGCAACAACCCGCUGCCGGCCGGACGCUUGGAAUGGGCGAGUCCAUAUACGCCCGCCGCCGCUCAUGCUCAUUCCCAACUGAUUGUUAAGAGCAGACGUGCGUUCGCAGAUUACCUACUCGCUGCCCCACCGCUCCCACACACCACAUUUCGCAUUUCACAUUUCACGCCUCACGUUUUCUGUUUGAUAUUCAUUUCGACAUAUACCUUCCCGCGUUAUUUUUGCCAUUAAAACCAUCAACACCUGUUUUUCUAAGCUUCGCGACCUGCUAACACCACUUGCUGCGACCUGCAAGUGGCGCCCCUUUAUAGAACGCAGGCCACUGUUGAUCUGGCAUUGUCGGACGUUUGUUUAUUUUUGCCAGUUCCUGGAAGAACGGCUGCUGCCUUGAGCUCCCUUGGUGUGGUUCAGCCAGUAUUCUACUGCUGCUCGUCCUUCGCCCUUCAUUCCUCAUUUUUGCUCAGCUUCUCAUCGC